ACGAGAUCGAUUUCCCUGAUCUAUACGCUAAAACUGUCUCGUACAGUGACAGGUCGACUCCACAAAGAUAUUCUCACCGUGCCUCAAACCAGCAGGCUGAGGGUACUGCCUUAGUCUAACCUUUAACAGCUUUAAGGCUCAAUGACAUAUUUACUGGCUGAUGUUUGUAUCAACUGUGUUGCUCUGCAGGUUUCUGGGAGAUUGAUGUGCACUUUGUACACGCUUCUCCACUAAUAGCCUUGGCUUGGAAGAGGUUUAUUGGCUGUGAUCCUGUAUCACUACAUGAAUGAUCUGAGCUGCUCUUUUCCCCUUACCUUCAGGCACUUUGGAGAUCAGCUUAAACUACACCAACAGUCGUUUCCUUGUAUAAUUUCAUGCUUCAAAGUGUGUAAGAUAGCAAAGGAAAAAAGCUUUUCAUGUGUUCAAAGGUUUUCUUCUUUAUGCGCAGUGACUUGUUCAGCAUGCCUGCUAUCAUGAGCGUUGUGCUGCUCGUGAUCAUUUGAAAGGCAUCGUUUUGGUGAAGGGCACGAAACAUAUCGAUGUUUAUUAAUGAUAUCUGAGUGAAUAUGAUGGUCGGUACUGGUGACGUGUUUUCUUUGGUGGUCAAAUACAAAACCCGUACAUAAAACGUAAACAAGCAUAUUAUAUGAGCCAUAAUAGCCAACGCCGCUGCAGGCCGUUCAUUGGUCCGCAGCCUCGACCCAAUCGGCGAUGACGUUAGGUAUCCUGGCGUUACGGCUGAUUGGUCGACCCUCCUUCUCUGAGUAGCAGCUCAGUGAGCAGCGCAGAGGAGACGAGAGGCGGAGGAGGAGACAUCAGCGCUGCGUUCUCCCCAUGCUCCGUCCCGGGCCGCUGUCCUCGUGCUCUCUCUGUCCCCGAGGCCUGUCUGUAUAAGUGUGUGUGUGUCAUAUUUAUUUCGUUUGCUUAUUAUUAUUAGCAUUAUUAUUAUUAUUAUUGAGCCAGACAAAGAGCGAUGGACCACCUUCUCUGCCUCGAGUCGGACAAAGUGGUGCGGGCCCCGCCGGACCCCAACAUCUUCUACGAUGACCGGGUCCUGCAAAGCCUGCUGAUGGUGGAGGAACGCUUCCUCCCGCAGUCCUCCUACUUCCAGGUCGUGCCGGAGGACAUCAAGCCCUACAUGAGGAGGAUGGUGGCCGACUGGAUGCACGAGGUGUGUGAAGAGGAGAGCUCCAACGAGGAUGUGUUCCCCAUGGCCAUUAGCUAUCUGGACCGCUUCCUGGCCAUUGAGCCCACCAAGAAGGGCUACCUGCAGCUGCUGGGCGCCGUCUGCCUCUUCAUCGCCUCCAAGCUCAAGGACUGCCGGACGCUGUUGGCGGAGAAGCUCUGUGGCUACACGGACAACUCCAUCAGCCCGCGGGAACUACUGGACUGGGAACUGGUGGUUCUCGGAAAGCUGCGGUGGAACAUUGCGACGGUCAUCCCAAACGACUUCAUCGAGCACAUCAUGCACCGGCUGCCACUCCCCAAGGACAAGCUGCCUCUCAUCCGCAGGCACACGCAGACCUUCAUCGCCCUCUGUGCUACAGACUUCAGCCUGGCCCACCCCCCCUCCAUGAUCGCCACGGGCAGCGUGGGCGCUGCCAUCUGCGGCAUGCAGCACGAACUCGCCGACCAGGCCCUGCAUCGGGACCACCUCAACGUCCUGCUGGGCAAGAUCACCAACACCGAGGUGGACUGCCUGCGGGAAUGCCAGGAGCAGAUAGAGAGGGUCCUGGUCAGCAGCCUCCGGGAGGGCCUGAGCAAAGGGCCCCACAAGGGCCACUACACCGGGGAAAAUACCCGGGAGCAGCAGGACCUAUCCAGCACCCCCACCGACGUCCGCGACGUUCAACCUUGAACUCGCACCCACCAGCCCCUCCAACACCACCCCCACCCUCUCCCCCCCAACACCACCGCCCCAACUGACGUCUGCGAUGUCAACCUAUGAACUCACCUCCUCCCCCACCUGCACCCUGUCACCCUGCCACCAUCGGCUAGAGGAUGAGCGGAAUGGAGCAUGUUCUGUUAACCAAUGAGCUGCCAGUCUGGAGUCCCAGUAAGGGGGGCCUCCUGUGAUUGGGGCGUGUUUAACCGUGUUAGCUUUCCGUGGAUAUUCCAAGUCACUUAACGCUGAUUUAAAUAUCGGAUUCUAUUUCCCCCCUUUCUACACCCUGGUGAUAUGAUGACUUUUUAUAUAGGUCAUCUAUAAUAAACACGGCUCUUCGAAAAGCUGCAUGGAAAUCGUACAAAACUUGAUAGUGCCUUUAGGUUCUCAAACCAGAAAUCUAAAUAUAUUUCCUACUUGAAUAAUAAUUACCAUAUAUAAUUACAUUACUAUGUUACAAUUUUUUUUCCAUAGAAUCUAGAGAAAAACAUAACGUAAUCAAUUAAGUCUAUAUGGUUGUCUUGCGAGCAAUUUCUGCCGUACAGGAAACCAGUUUAAUAUGCUGUCAACUAUUUGCUGAUCCUACGCGUAUACUUGUAUACAAGCUAGCUAAUGGCAGCAAAGGCAUUGGCUAGCUGCUCAGCUAAUGGAGAAGCGCUAUCUACCUGCUUCGCUAACACAGUGGAAGCGCUAGCUCUCUGCCUUUCCCCUGUCUGCUGCACAUAUUGUACAUGUGUAGUUAGGGCAACCCUUAUAUUUAUGCUCAUUUUUGCUGGCCAAGAGUGGGCUGGGCCCGCUUCAGGAGAGGGGAACGAAGACUCCGCAGCCCCAAUUAAUAUUUGGUAUAUUUCCAUAUGGCUACGUUCGACUUGCUAGGUUUUGAUGGCGGUGCUCGAUUCGCUAGCGAUCUCCGCAGAUAUUAUGAAUGCAGAAACCUUCGGGAUGUUGGAUGGGAGUCGGGGGGGUCACCCACACGCUGACCUCGUCAAGAUGGCCGAUGCCAUGUCUAAGGUUUUUAGAGGAAGUGCAGGUGAUGUGUUUGAGGUUUAGGUAACGUGGAUGUGGAGUGAAAGAAUUUUAAAAGACAAGUGAGGAGGUUUUAAUGUCGGUAGAGUAGAACUGAGCAGAAGGAAGGAGGGAAUGGAGCGGCCUCUGAUGGCAGAGGACUGGUGAGGGGUUUGUUGAUGAACCAGGGGGAGAAGGUAAACUUAAGCUAUAUAACUUAUAACUUUGAGAGUCACGGGUCAAGUGAGUGGAUCACAGGAACUAGUUUGCAAGUCGCUCGAUGGAAAACCCAGUGGUGCCCUGCGGUGUCAUCGCAGGGUCUCCUGGACCAUUUGACCGUUGAGUUUGCAUUUCACGUGGACAUUUACAAGCGGGUGGGUGGGCGAGAGUUUACGGGUGGGGGGGAUUUGGAUCAAACUUCAUGCACUUUUGAAAUCACACUCCUUGCCAAUGGAAAUGGGAAGGCGGUUAAGGAGAGAUGGGUGGGUAGGGCUCGCAUCCCCCUCCCCCUCCCCCUCUAAACUCCUCCCCCUUUUUUAAGUUAUUUGAUCGAUUCUGGGCUGGAUUCCCAUGCGGGGUAAUGCACUUUGUCUUCAAAGCUAUCCCCUGCUCGGUGAGGAGGUUAGGUUUACCAUUUUAUAGUUGUGUUGAAUAUGGAACCAAAUCAGUUGCAAUGCACAGACCGAUAAUCCAAGUCACGUCUAGACACACGCAUUUAUCUAUAUUUAGAUAUACAUCUUGGUGUGUUUUACUUAACCUUACUUGAAUAUUUGUUUUCCUAAUUCACAGCGAAUCUUUCAGACAGUUCGUUGAAAGUUUUGUGUACAUACUUUGAGCAAAAUUGUGUUAUGGUAAUUUUUUUAGUGUGUUCUUUAAAAAAAUUAAAAAAGUAUAAACUGCUCUGUACUGAGUUACAAAAAAUACUGUCUUGUAAGACGCCUUUUUAUAUGAAAUACAAAGUUGUUCGCCUGUGUUGUAUGUUAUUAGUUUGAAAAAAUAACCUCGAAAACAUUCUGUUUGUCAAUCUUAUGUGCUUUAAAAUGGAAAAUUGUCAAAGCUGUUUUUCCAGUAAUUGUUUUUCAGUGGUUUGAAAGUGAUUUCCCAAAGUGAUACUAUAUAUUAUAUAAUAUAUUCUCGAUAUUCUCUUUUCCUUCUGCUGCUAUUAAGCUCUUCUUCCUAGGCUUGUACCCUGAUGACAUUUCCUGUUUGUGAUCCUCCAGUGUGCUGCUAUAUUAUGGAUUAUGACAUGUAACCGAUUCCUAGCUUUGUGAGUGUCGUGUGUUUGAGUGUGUGUGUGUGUGUGUGUGUGUUGGUGUGGGACUGGAAGCACUCAUGAUUUCAGAUGUUUUGGAAAAAAAACUAGAAAAAAAAGCAUGUUUAUUCUCUUCAUGUGUAACUUUUGUGUUUUAUAGUCGAUCAUAUUCUCGCUGCUUCUUGUCAUGUGUGUGUACCUCAGGUUCUUAACGCAGAAUGAGUGAGGUUCCCCAUCCUGAAUUACCUCAUCACAACUCUGACCAAUAACAAGCCUCUGUCCACCAGCUUCCCACUUUCUCUGGAAAUUCCCCAAUUGUCACUAUUCCCUUUGGUCUGCUCAAAUUGAAUCUCUCCAUCAAUGGUGCUAAAUUACAGAUGGGCUUUACCACACAUUUAAAUGUACAAUAUCUAAUUUAAGAUCUACAUUAUGUUGUUUGCCUACUUUGAGAUUUCCCGUACCCUUGUUUCAGUCCGUUUUGAGGUACUGGGCCAUCUGUAGACACCAGAGAGUGGUGCUGUAGUUUAUCAAUGCUCACUUUAGGAAUGGGAUCAUGUCAUAACACAUGAUCCAAUCCCUAAAGUGACAGUCAUACAUGUAUGACUCCCCUCACCAAACAGUGGGAGACCAUCAUGCAACUCAGUUGUUUCCGGUCCAAAAUAUCUGCUCAAUAAAUUGGCUAAAACUUA